AUAUAAUAUUGUGUACCUCAUGAAAAUAAAGAAACUAUUAUAUCUCAUGAAAUUGAGAGAUUGAAAUAUAUAAUAUCUUGCAUCUCAUGAAAAUAGAGAGGCUGUUAUAGCUCGUAAAAUAGAGAGAUUGUUUUCGCUCUGUACUUUCAUCACAAAAAUAAAUUUCCAGUGAUCUUAAUUCACAUCUUCUUCUCCACCUCUUUUACCUGUCAAACACACACACUCUUUUUCCUCCAUUUCAAUUACCAAAAACCUCCCUCACCAUCCCCAUAAACCCCAAAAUCUUCCUCCUCCUUCCAUGUCCUAAACUCCCUACCCCCACGCCACCCCACCCCCACCCCCACCCCCAAAACCCCACAAAAAAAUGGGUUCUUUAGUACCAUUUCAAGACUUGAAUCUUCAACCUGAACCCACAAAUCCAAGAAUUAUCCCAAAAAUUGAACCAAAACUUGAACCCCUUGAUGAAUAUACACAAGCUGAUCUUCAAACCCCACCUUUUUUUCCCAACCCUAGUCCCAAUUUCAGCUCCAGUGGGUCUGGUAGUUCACCUUUUACCUGUAACAGCAACGUUCAAUUACCUACAAGCUCAACUGUACACGAAAUUCCACCACUUGGGUCUGAUGAUACUACAGUUUAUUCCGAGUAUAAUCGCAUUUCUGAGCUAUUUAAAGAAGCUUUUGCUAGAAAAAUGCAGCAACAGCAGCGUUUCGGAGAAAUUGAGGUUGUCGGAAGAAACCAUCAAGAUUCGGAAAAUCAGGAUUUGGGUGUUAUAGCAGAAGAGGAGGUUGUGGAGGACCCGGAUUCACGUGCUCUUGUUCCGGUGAGUAAUGAGAAUAAUCAGGUUUCGGAAGUGGUGGUUACUAAGAGGAAGUAUCAGCAACGUUCUUCGGAAUUGGUUAGAGUUACAGAUCUUAAACCCGAAGAUCAGGUGUAUUUUCGCGAUGCUGUAAGGAAGACGAGAAUGUUAUAUGAUUCACUUAGGAUUUUAGCGAUGGCGGAGGAUGAAGGGAGUCAGCAUUUGGGUACUUAUAGGAGGCCAAGAGGGGAUUUGAAAGCUUGUCAGAUAUUGCGGGAACAUGGGUUGUGGAUGAAUCGCGAUAAGCGGAUUGUUGGGGCGAUACCUGGAGUGCUUAUUGGUGAUGUGUUCUUUUUCAGGAUGGAGCUUUGUGUUGUUGGAUUACAUGGUCAAGCUCAAGCUGGAAUAGAUUAUGUACCUGCUAGUCAAAGCUCGAAUCGAGAGCCAAUUGCUACGAGUGUGAUUGUUUCAGGUGGGUACGAGGAUGAUCAGGAUGGAGGUGAUGUGAUUAUAUAUACGGGACAUGGUGGACAGGAUAAGUAUUCGAGGCAAUGCGUGCAUCAGAAGCUGGAAUGUGGGAAUUUGGCGUUGGAGAGAAGUAUGCAUUAUGGAAUUGAGGUAAGGGUGAUUCGUGGUUUUAAAUACGAAGGAAGUGGUAGUGCUAGUGGAAAGGUUUAUGUGUAUGAUGGAUUAUAUAGAAUUGUUGAAUGCUGGUUUGAUAUUGGAAGGUCUGGAUUUGGAGUGUAUAAAUAUAAGCUUGUUAGGAUAGACAAUCAAGAAGAGAUGGGAAGUGCUAUUCUUCGUUUUGCGCAGAAUAUUAGGAUGAGACCGUUGGAAGCUAGGCCUACUGGUUAUGUUACUCUUGAUAUAUCAAGGAAAAAAGAAAACGUGCCUGUGUUUCUUUUCAACGACAUUGAUGAUAAUCAUGAUCCGGCUUAUUUUGAAUAUCUAGCAAAAACUGUUUAUCCUCCAUAUGUUUAUCAGAAUGUGGGCAGUGGAUGUGAGUGCAUUGAUGGGUGUGCUGAUAAUUGUUAUUGUGCUCUAAGAAAUGGCGGUCAAUUUGCCUAUGAUUAUAAUGGGAUAUUAAUGAGAGGCAAACCGUUAGUAUUUGAAUGUGGACCACAUUGUCGAUGUCCUCCAACUUGUCGAAAUCGAGUGACUCAGAAAGGUUUGAGGAACAGAUUUGAAGUGUUUCGGUCGAGAGAGACUGGUUGGGGAGUUAGGUCACUGGACUUGAUCCAAGCUGGGUCUUUUAUCUGUGAGUUUACUGGGGUUGUACUCACACGAGAGCAAGCACAAAUUUUUACUAUGAAUGGUGAUAGUUUAGUCUAUCCAAGUCGCUUUCCUGAGAGAUGGGCAGAAUGGGGAGAUUUGUCGCAAAUAUAUCCUAACUAUGUUCGACCAACAUACCCCUCCAUUCCUCCUUUGGAUUUUGCAAUGGAUGUGUCAAGAAUGAGGAAUGUAGCAUGUUAUAUCAGUCACAGUUCAAGUCCCAAUGUCUUGGUGCAGCCUGUGCUUUAUGAUCACAACCAUGUAGCAUUCCCCCACCUGAUGCUCUUCGCAAUGGAGAAUAUUCCCCCUCUAAAGGAGAUCAGUAUUGAUUAUGGAGUAGCGGAUACAGAUGAAUGGGCUGGGAAGCUUGCCAUCUGUGAUUGAUUAACUUAUAGUAGUUCAUCCAAUUUUGAAAAUGAUGAGGCACAGACAUUUCUGGCACAUCGUUUCCUGAGAUGAAGGGCAAGUAUUCGCAAACUGUUACCCUGCUAAAACAAGUUGCUCCGUUUGCUGUUCUUUCAUCAGUUGUAGAUCCUAUUGCUGUAUAUAUCACGGUGUUCAAUGACUAGCUAGAAGAAAAAAGAAAACGAUAUUGCAAUUUCUCACUACCCAUGCUAUGGGAGGAACUCUUUUAAGUUUUAACCGACUCACUUUGCUAGAGCUAACCUGCUACUAGUGUUCUUGUCUGUAAGAGCUUUCGUAGGUUGUAGUAAUAGCUUGUAUAUAUGAAGAUUAAACUUGUUUAUUCUGUACAGAAGAUUGUAUCGAUAUCGUGCUAAAUGAAUAACUGGAGUGAAGUUCAAAUGCUAUUUGCUAGAUAAAGAGGGAAGCACCUAAUAUAUGGUACAAAUUAGGUAUGCUGGUAAAUUUUGAAUGGAUCAAAGAGGCAUAGGAAAUAUGUUACUACCAGAUUUUCCCUCUGGAUAUGACAAUGCAAGUUUUAUUUAUUGUA